CCUCCACUCGCGUUGUCGACUCUCAUCGCGUAUCUCUGUCGACAAUCAUGUCUGGGAUCUGUAGACCACGUUUGACUGAGGAGCGUAAGCAAUGGAGGAAAGACCAUCCAUUCGGCUUCUACGCUAAGCCGUCCAAGGCUGCUGAUGGCUCUAUGAACCUCAUGGAGUGGGAGGUCGGAAUCCCUGGAAAGGAAGGCACACCAUGGGAAGGCGGUCUUUACAAACUUGUGAUGAUUUUCCCUGAAGAUUAUCCUUCUAAGCCGCCGAAGUGCAAAUUCACACCCCCAUUAUUCCACCCGAACGUGUAUCCCUCUGGCACUGUCUGUCUGUCCAUUCUCGAUGAGGAGAAAUCUUGGAAACCCGCGAUUACGAUCAAGCAGAUUCUUCUGGGUAUUCAGGCCUUGCUCAAUGAUCCAAACGUGAACGAUCCAGCGCAGAGCGAUGCUUACACUAUGUUCAAGAACGAUAAAGUGGCGUACGAACGACGCGUCAAGGCUCAAGCACGCGAAAACGUUCCGAAAUAAUUCCUAGUCCUCUCCCUUCUCGCUUGAUUGAGUAGUAUCCUCGCUAUGCUGUAUUCGAUGUACCCCGCCAUCCCCCAUGUUAUGAUUUCUUACUAUUUCUCAUAGGUCUUAUCAGCCCAAUGCUAUGUUUUCUGGUUUACUUCAUGGGUUCCAUGUUGCUUGAUCUCGUAGGACGAUACACG